UGAUCAUGUUUAAAAUACUUUCCUUGUUUGCUCUCAUUAACUUAAUUGUCCAGGGAAACUGUGAACCCCUAAAAGAUGACGUGUACCAAAAGGCUUACACUCUAUUAAGAAAGCUGAAAGUCGACACAAACCUGAACGAAUACGAAGUGACGUCAAAGUCCUCCGGUUGGUUGGCCUCGUACGACGAAGCUGCCAACAGGUACAUCGUGGACGAAGAGAAUCGCCUCACCGAAACCUACAACGCAAUCCUGGUGGUGGCUGAAGAGUUGAAAGCUGAGGCCAAAGCCGAAUCGGCGGAAGGGUGCGUCGCCACUUUGGACCAGGACCUGGACACCGUCCGCAACUACGCUGGUCAGUACCAGGCCUGCGUGAUGAUGGUCGGCAACGCCGUCGUCCGUUACUUGGCCGAGUUGAACAACCAAAUCUACAUGCUGAGCCAAAAGAUCCUCGACUAUCAGCAACGGUUCAACGCGUGUGGCAAAGACGAGGGUUGUUUGGAGGAGUUGAUUCCGGUACUGCAGAACGCCUUCGCUGAAAUUCCGGAGGCGAUACUGAAGAAAAUUCCGGAGGCCGAAGCCUACAUUGCUGAAUCUUCCGGAUUCAGGUUGCAGUAUUGCAGUGGAUGCGCACAGUUGAGGACGGAGACUGAGGCUUUGUUUGAACAAGUCAAAGAGUGCAUUCAAACACAAUCAAACAUUAUAUUGUAUGAAUAUGAAGAAGAUGAUGUUGAUUUUUAAUCUGUAAAGUGAAAAUAUAUCACA